UGGCUGACAAGACUAAUGUCCCUGUAAUAUAUUAACACACAAUGUGCCCAAUUAUAAUGAAAACACCGACUCAAGAGAUAAAAUGGAUAGAGUUGCAGGAAGAAAAUUUUGUAAAAUCCGUUCGAAACUUUAUAAAUCUCGCUCCUGCUUCCUCAAUUUCGUUUACUUCUUGUCAUUUUCUUUCUUAGGGUUCUUGGCAGUCAAGGUCUCUAAUCCAAGAACCACUUCACGUCCUCAUGACUUGGACAUCUUCUUCACUUCUGUCUCUGCCAUCACCGUCUCUUCCAUGUCCACCGUCGACAUGGAAGUCUUCUCCAACACCCAACUUAUCAUCAUCACUAUACUCAUGUUUAUCGGUGGCCCGAUCUUCACCUCCUUUCUCAAUAUCUACCUGUCCCAUUUCACUAAAUUCGUCUUCCCUCAUAGCAAGAUUAAACACCUUAUCGGCUCUUUCAAGGCAGAUCAUACCAUCGAGGAUCUCCGUCUUGACCAAGAAAAUAUUACUGAUCGUCACGAGAUUCCUAGCCAGACCAAUGAAAAGGCGUCUAAGUGUUUGUACUUGGUGGUUAUUGGCUACCAUCUUGUAACAAACAUAGCUGGCUCUAUGUUGCUUCUUGUGUACGUAAGCUUUGUUAAAACGGCAAGAGAUGUUCUUCGUUCCAAAGAAAUAUCAGCUCUCACCUUCUCUAUCUUCACAACUGUAUCGACUUUCGCAACUUGCGGAUUUGUUCCCACGAAUGAGAACAUGAUCAUCUUUCGCAAGAACUCGGGUCUCCUCUGGCUCUUAAUCCCUCUAGUAUUGAUGGGGAACACUUUGUUCCCUUGCUUCUUGCGGUUGCUAAUAUGGGGAUUAAGUAAGACCACAAAACGUGAGGAGUUUGGUUAUAUUCUCAAGAAUCGCAAGAAGAUGGGAUACUCUCAUCUACUCUCCGUUCGUCUUUGUGUUUUCCUAGGGUUGACGGUGUUAGGGUUUAUUUUGAUACAACUUUUUCUCUUCUGCACCUUUUCUUGGAGCUCGGAGUCUCUUGCAGGAAUGAAUUGGUAUGAGAAGUUGGUUGGAUCGCUGUUUCAAGUGGUAAACUCGAGACAUACUGGAGAAACAAUUGUCGACCUAUCCACACUUUCCCCGGCUAUUUUGAUACUAUUCAUCCUUAUGAUGUACCUUCCCCCAUACACUUUAUUUAUGCCGUUCACCAUGAAAAAGAAGAAUAAAAAAGAGGAAGAAAAUGAUUCCGGAUAUAAAAAGGGAGGAAAGAAGAGUGGGCUCCUUGUGUCACAACUUUCCUUUUUGGUGAUAUGCAUCUUUCUCAUUUCUAUCACCGAAAGGCAAAAACUACGACGAGAUCCACUCAACUUCAACGUUCUUAACAUCACUCUUGAAGUUGUCAGCUAGCAAGAAUAGCCCACAUUUAUACGAGAGGAGAUUAGAGAGAGAGAGAGGAGAGAGAGAACAGCUUACCUUCGUUGUUCUUCUGAUGACCGCCGCCGUCACCGGCGUUUCCUCACCGGAACCGCCAGACCCUCCAGACCUAACUUCAACAUUUACAAUCCCUUCCACUUCUGUUUGCGUCCUUGUCCUUACUCUCACCAUUUCAGAUCUAGAUCUAAAAAUUCAAACUUUUAGAGAGAUAGAUUUGAGCAGCCAGAUCUUCAAAGAGACUUUUCUUCUAAAAGAUUUUGGUUUGGUGAUUCUUAUUGUCGUGUUCAUACGACCCCUUACUGCAGUAGGCAGAUCUGUCUCCAUCACCCCUUAUCCUGAAGCUCACCCUUCUCUCAUUUUCACCAUGUCUCCCACCAUCGGAUUUCGUUCACCGCCAUCACUGGAACCAUUAAUCCUUCUACUGGAUACAUCCCUGCAGGUUAUAGAUUUGAAACUUUCUGUCUCUAUCUUGCUUGCUUCGAUGAUGUCCUUUGAGUGUUCUCUCGUGCCUUGUUACGGCGCGCUCGCCUCUGUGCGAUUCUCUGCAGUAUGCAGUCUAGUUUCUGGUUUCACACCAUUAAAUGAUAGUUUAAAGUUUCUUCCUCAUCGCUUGUGGUAGAUUCGUAAGGAAACACUUGUGGUUUCUAUCUUUUCAGUGUUUCUGGAUUGUUUAUCCUUUGUGAAGUAUGAUUGCCUCCCAUAUGUUCCAUUCGGUUUGAGUGGUUCUGUUGCCGGGAGUAGUGUGCCCAAGAUUAUGUAUGCUUCCAUGUUUGUUUUGUUCAAAGGCUCAUCCAUUUGGUGCUUUGUCGCUUCUGCUUGUGAUGCCGAACUUCUGAUUGUUAAAGCUGCUUAUGUUGCGGUUUCAAUCCCGGGCGUUAGACCAGUACUUUUGCUCUCUAAUUCCCAAAGCUUCAUUUCACUUUUUAGCACGAUUGGCGUUGAGUUUCGAGGACUGCUCAGCGACAUUAUGUGUUGUUUAUGUGUUAUGUUUGCUCCUAUCUUAUGGUGUUAUAUCUCAUUGCUUUGCUUUGCUAUGGUAGCAUCAGAUGUUUUAGCCGGUUUGGCUUUGUUAUUGCUUGAUGUAAACAAUUUCUCCAGCAAUGGGGACUAAUGAUUUAUAAAGCGUUUGUUUGAUCAAAAAAAAGAAUAGCCCACAUUUUUUGUUACAAAAAGGCCCACAAUAGUUAAGAGCAAUACAAUUGACUAUAAAUGCACCUUUCAAGUUCUAAAUGAUAAUGAGUCUAUGAAGUAGCUUAGGCAUAGUCAUGGUCAACCGACAGAUCUGUGAGACUGAUAAAAAGAGUAACACCAUCAUAUUUUUGUUGAUAUUCCGUCCUUAUGAAAGACACACUCAUAUACUAAACUUCAAGGUUAGUUCAUUUCAUGAAAACUAUACUUAUUAGUGAAACUAA